CUCCACGGAACGGUUCAUCACUCGGAAAAUGCGGUUUAACUUCGAGUUUUUGUUCUAGCACAGAGUAGUGCCACGACCACGGCCACGAGCACAUCCAUAGCCAUAGCCAUAGCCAUAGCCAGAGCCAGAGCCACCUUCAGGUGUUUGGCGCCAAGCUGCCCAUUUCGUUUUGUGGCAGAGAGACAAAUUGUUUAUCUUGUGUCAAGUGCUGGGGUAGACAUUUCCACAUCCGCACCCACACGCUCGGAGGGAGCGCAACCCAUUCCAGUUCUGCCCAGGAGCCAGCCAGGCAGUCAGUCAGUCAGGCAGUGAAAGUUUGUGUCGCCAUCUCUCUGUUGGCUGGCUGUUGUGGGUGCCGUCUGUGGAGUACUUAACAAAAAACAGUAAACCUGCUCCUGCUCCCGCUUCUACUCCGGAUCGUUGUGGUGCCAUCGCUGUUGCCGCUGUUGCCACUGCUCCACGCGUGCGGUUGGGAGAGUCGAAAUCGGAUGACAUUAUCUUUCAGUGGGCUGCGGGCCGCAGGACUUUUGUGGUGGAUCCCCGUGGGGAUGGUGUUGGUGGUUGCGCUGCCUCAGCCACAGCGACAGCAGAGACUGUCUCUGCCACUGCCUCUGCAGCAUUGUUUUUGUUUGCGAGACCAAAAUUAAAAGCGAAACGAGUCCUCGCACCUUAGGCAUGCAUCUUUAAUCAGCACCGAUGAAUUUCCAUUCCACUCCGUGCCACCGUGGAUAUCCGUGCGAAAUGGUUACGGCGUAUGAAUAAGCAAUGAAAUAAGCGCUCCCAGGCAUUUGUCAUUUGGCAAAGUGAAAUUUGAAGUGACUGUGAAAAUUAAGACAAAUGCGUGCUCCUCCUCCUCCCCAGGAUUACUUUGCCCAUUAAACCAAACUCAGACGAGAAUCUAGCCCGCAGGCGAUCCCACGAAGCUCGCUCGAAUCCCAGCUAAAUUUGGACUUAACUAGUCUCUGCCGCAACAAAAGCAACAAAAGAUGGAGGCUAAAGCUGGCUUAAGUUCGCAGGAGGAAAGGUCUCUGAAAGGUUCAGAUAAACUCAAAAUGCUGGACAUUACGCGCGAUAAGCCCGUGAAGGUGGCCGUCAAAGUGGCCGUGCCUGUGAGAGAUCACCCCAAGUUCAAUUUCGUGGGCAAGCUGCUGGGACCCAAGGGAAACUCGAUGAAGCGCCUCCAGGAGGACACCAUGUGCAAGAUGGCCGUGCUGGGCCGCGGCUCGAUGCGGGACCGGCGAAAGGAGGAGGAGCUGCGCGCCAGCGGCGACAAUCGGUAUGCCCACCUCUUCGAGGACCUGCACGUGGAAAUAUCUACGUUCGCCGCCCCGGCCGAGGCUCAUGCCCGCAUCGCCUAUGCCCUGGCGGAAGUGCGUCGGUUUCUGGUUCCGGACUACCACGAUGACAUUCGCCAGGAGCAGAUGUGGGAGAUGCAAGCGCUCACGUCCACGCCAGGACUGGCCACACAGCUGGACGACUCCCAGAGCCCCACCACCAGCAACAGUACGGGCACGGGCACGGGCACGGGCACGAAUCCCAAUCCGAGCGUCAGCACUUGCCGGGGGCUGGCCGGUGGCCUGGCGGACAUGGACACAUCGAACGAUGACAAAUCGGACAAUGACAUCAGUGGCAUGGACUGCCUCUCGCCCGAUAAGCUCGACUGCUCCCCGGCCUGCGGCAGCAUCAGCAUCACGACCACCACCGAGCAUGCACACAGCCAUGCCCACGCCCACGCCCAUCCACAGCAUCAGCAGCAGCAGCAGCAGCAGCAGCAGCAGCACCACCAUCAUCAUCACCACCACGGCCAUCCUCACAGCCACGCCCACGCCCACGCCCACACCCACGCCCAUGCUCAACCGUCGCACUUCCACCAGCUCCUGCAGCAGGCCCACGGCGGAGCCAGUGCAGCGGCAGCGGCAGCCUGCGGGGAGCAUCUGUCCGGGCAGGCCACCCCGGCAGCGGCAGCGGCACUGCACACGACAGCCAUGGCAGUGGCGCUGCAGCACCAGCUGACAGCCGCCGGAAUCGGAGGACUCCUGAAGCCGGCGGCCGGGGUGGGGGCAACCAUGGCCGGUCUGCCGACCACCCAGGCCAGCGCCGCGGCCCUCCAGCUGCCCAGCUGUGGCGACGGGGAGGCAGCCGCAUCCACACUGACGCUGCUUGAGCCGCCCGGUUCCGCCCUGCUCCAUCCCGCACUGCGCAACGUCAAGACCAUCAACAUAGGUGGAGGCUUGGGACGUAAGCGCCCGUUGCUGGGCGUUCCCCGCACUGGCAUGAAUCCCACCAAGCGCACGGUGAUGAGUCUGCUGGCCAGGGCCAAGAACUCGCAGGCAUUGCACUCGGUGCGACAGCCGGUGGUGACAGCAUCCAGCUAUGCAGAGCCCUUGCAGAUGCUGGCAUCGCCCUUCAUCAUUCCGCACCACCAGGCCGUGGACCAGCACCAGCCCCUCCUGGCGCUGUCCAAGGAGAGUCUCGCCCAAGGCGUCUAACCCAUUGACCUCCUACAGCUGCGGCUGCCCACGGCUGACCACGGUACCAGUCCAUCCCGACCGCCUUCGCUGUGCCCCGCCUCCUUCUUUUAAAGAGAUCUUGAGGAUGGAUAUGGAUGCCCCCCUCCGCCAACCCUGCUAGCCAUUAAUGUACGUAUACCCCCACGUACACGAAUGACCCGCACCCGGGUCCGGGUUAUGACCGAUCUUUAGGGACUAACUGUGAACUUAUACGAACGAGAUGUGUCGCGUCUACAGUGGACACUCGUGCUCGUGCCACACGAUUUUAUUUUUUACUGAUAAUAAACGGAGCGAAUAUUUUCAAUGCGAUGUUUUAUUUCCACAGAAGAAAACAAAAACCAAAAAACCAAAAAACCAAAAAACUAAAA